AUGUCACAAACUGAAAUCCCAUGCUUUAAUAAUAACGAUAAUGAAUCAUUGAUCUUAUCUUUUAAUGGCGAUGCAAAUCACGAGUAUAAAAAAAUAAACGAAAAUCUCGGAAUCGUUCGUGAUGUUAUAAGAAAUUUAGUACCUUUGGGUGCGAUUAAAGUAGCCGAAAAUAUUAUAAUUGAGCCGGUUGUUGAUUAUGUAUUCGAGAGUUGUAAACGCGACCCGAAUAUGGUUUUUGUUACUUUAUACUAUGCAAGAGGGUUACAAGAAAUAGAUCAUCAUGAAGGUGAUAGUGGAGGUCCAGCUUUGAGGGAUAUGAGAAAAAAGAGGAUUGAUUGUAGCGAGUUGUUGGCUAGAGAAUUAGUUCAUAAAUUUAAUGAUCAAGAGCUUUUAUUCACAAAAGUACUGACUAAACGUUACGCAUUUUCACAAUAUGAAGACAUCAGCAACCGCAAGAAUGCUUUGGAUCUCGCAAUAAAACUUUAUUCCGAAAUGGGCAAUUGCGGCGCAGUUUUCUUGUCUGAUAAUGAAGUUCAAGCGUGUGUUUAUGCAUUAUGGUCUGGUCACUUAAUACCACGAAUUUCUUGUACAUUCCCAACUUUGGCCGUAAUUGAUUAUUACAUUCCAAGACAUAAUUUAAUUUGCUUGGAAAAUUUCAAGAAUUUAGAAUUAUUAAAUAUUCCCAGGAAUCAAUAUUUACUUGACGUUUUCGCAUAUAUUAUGUUUUUGAUAAUUUAUACUAUGGUCGCGGCUAAUUAUGAUGGGAGACGUGAAUUCAAUAGCCCUUUGGAAGGAUCAAUGUACCUUUUAGUGUUUUCCUUUAUAUUACAUGAUAUUCGUACACUAAAAAAACAUGGGAUCAAGGAAUUCUUAUAUUUUCGAAGAAUAAUUUCUGUUAUUCUUCAUAUUAUUUUAGCCACCGACUUUAUACUUAGAAUUAAAAACCUUACUACAUUUCAACCAAUUGGAAGAUGGUUAACACAAAUUUCAAGAAUCUUAAAGAAGAGCAUGUCAUAUUAUAUCUUAUUAGCUUUAGCAUAUAUUGCAUUCUUUCAAUCAUUUUUGGUGCUUGAAAACACUCAUAAACAUCAUGCCGGUGAUGAUCGUUUAGAUGAUAAAAAUGAAUGGAACAUUUUCACACUUUUAAUCAAAGGAAUAUUAAAUGCACCGGAUUUCCCAGGCGCGAACAGAAUUGAGAAUAGAUUUGGCUUCGUAUUAUACUCUGUUUAUGUUUUUACAGUCAGUGUUAUUUUAUUUGCCGUUUUACUUCCACUCUUUAUGACAGCAUUCACUACUAGACGUACAGUUCCCGAAGAAUAUUUAGCACACUUUGCACUUAUAGUCAUAAGAAAAGUAAGACACAAUCAACCAACCAGAUACAAUUAUCCGGCGCCAUUUAAUUUCUUAUAUUAUACAAUCGUUGUGCCAAUAAGUUCAAUAAGUUUUAUUAUUAGACAAAACCAUAAUUGUUUGUAUCCAAAUAUUGAAAAAUUUUUAACGAGAAUUAUUUUUUUUAUUCCAAUGAUUGUUUUUGCUUUAAUUGAAACACAUUUUGUUAAUGAUAAACAAGAUAAAGAGGCUAGAGAUUUAGACUUGAGAGAAUUACCGGGUUUACCUUUUCCCGAAGAUGAAAAGCAAAUGCUUAGAAGAAUAUUGCAUGGAUUAGAUUCGAUUAAGGAACAAUACAAAAGUCUUCAUUCUAGGUUAGAAACUAUAGAAUCACAAUUAACAUAA